AGUGGGGUUGUUGUUUUGAUUUGAUGGGGUUUAAUGUAACAGAAUUAAUUUUAACUUUGUCGGAGUAAGUUCCGUUGCGUUGCGUUUAAAUUUUUGCACUUUCAUAUAAAUUUACUCAAUUUUAAAUUUGUUAGAAAACCAACAAGUGCUUCAGCGGUGUGUUUGUGUUUAUUUAAAUAAAUUAAAUCUACAGAAUUUUUUGUGAAAAUUGUCUUGCGAAUGUGGAACAUUUAAAAAUAUUUGCUGAAAAUAAAGUAGCCAGCUGUCACGCAAAAAGCAAACAAAAAAAAGUUAAAAAGCAUAAAUAUUAAAAUAUACGCACAGCAUAUACGCAAGAAUUACAGUUCAUUUGUGAAAAGUAAAAUAAUUGCAAAAAAGUAAAAUGACCGAUAUAAACGAAAUGUUGGGUUCGGCCUUUGUGCGCGUCAAGGUCGUUGCCUUUGUGCAUUUUUUCUUCGUAACAAAUGCCAUGCUUGGUUCCUGGGGACACGGUGCGUAUGAGUUUUACAAUUUCCUAUUUAUAAUUGCGAUGUUCUGGAGUAUGCACAGUAAAGAUUCCGUGGAAGCAGUACAAACGGCUUUAUUACUAACUGGUUAUAAAGCUUUCAUAAAUUUGUAUAAUAAGCGUUCGCAAUAA